AUGGCGGGUGUGCGGGGCCCCCCUGCGCCCUCCCUGCCGCCGGGGCGGGGGAGCGGCGUUAUCGGCCCCGGCUUGCGCUGGCCCGUGGGCGGCGGGCGCGGAUCUGGCGCUGGCCGGGCCGGGCCCUAUCUGCAUGUGGCCGCCACCCCGCUGCUGCGAGAUAAUAAACCCUUGUCACCUCCUGCCUGGGCUCGUGUCGUCCUUCGCUCCACCCGCCUCCCGGGGAGCCGCUGCGGCGGGAUUAUCGCGGCGCUGGGCGGGAUCCCGAGCGUUCCCCGCCGCUGCAGCGGGAGCAGCUCGGCGCUGGGCACCCUCCUGGGCAUCCCCGCCGAGGCCCCGCCCGCCGCUCCGGGCCAGCACCCGCCGCCCGUGGCCACCGACAAAGAGGAGCAGAAGCGGCUGCUGGAGAGUCGGCCCGAGCAGCCCCAGCAGCCCAGGGUGCUGAGGAUCGCCAUCAUCGGCGCUCCCAACGCCGGGAAAUCCACGCUCUCCAACCAGCUCCUGGGCAGGAAGGUUUUCCCAGUCUCCAGGAAGGUGCACACCACCCGCUGCAAGGCCUGGGGUGUCAUCACGCAUGAGGACACGCAGCUGAUCAUCCUGGACACACCUGGCCUCACAAAUCCCUUAAAAGCCAAAAGGCAUAAUUUAGAUGAAACCAUGCUGACAGACCCAUGGGACAGCAUGAAACACGCAGACUUAGUCCUGGUCCUGGUGGAUGUGUCGGAUCACUGGACACGGAACUCUCUGAGCAAGGAGGUGCUCAAGUGUCUCUCUCAGUUCCCCCACAUCCCCAGUGUCCUGGUCCUGAACAAGGUGGAUAUACUAAAGAAGAAGUUUCUUCUGCUGGAAAUAGCAACUGACCUGACAGAGGGAAUUGUAAAUGGAAAGAAACUGGAAGUGAAAUCUGCACUUCAACAGGAUUCCAGUUCUUCAGCAAAGUCUCCCCUUCAUGUCAGUCAGGCUUCUCCACGUGAAAGCAAGGUCCCAGGGUCUCCCUUUGGGCAGGAAAAGAAUCAGGCCCAGGAAGGUUCUGGUUUGGACAAGAGCAGUGAUGCUGGGGGUGCUGGCACAGAGGAAGCCCAAGAGCCAAAGCACCAUGGACACAAGGAUCUAAAAGAUACGAAAGGCUGGCCACACUUCCAGGAGAUCUUCAUGCUGGCAGCUCUCCAUGGGGAGGAGGUGGAUACACUCAAGAGGUACCUCCUGAUGCAAGCCAAGCCAGGCCCUUGGGAAUUCCACAGCGAUGUCCUGACCAACCAGUCACCCCAGGAGAUCUGUGAUAAUAUCAUCAGGGAGAAGGUCCUGGAGUACCUGCCACUGGAAGUGCCUUAUGGAGUGACUCAGGUGACGGACAUAUGGAAGGAAGGAGAAUGUGGGGAGCUCCUCAUCGUGCAGAGCCUCCUGGUGCCAAGGGAGUCUCAUAAGAGGAUGUUGAUUGGAAGAGGAGGAAGGGUCAUCAGCAGGAUUGCUCAGGAGGCUAGCCAGGACCUGAUGAACGCUUUCCUGUGUGAAGUCCGCCUGAAGCUCAAGGUGGAGGUGAAGGGUUGAGCACUUGGUGUGUUUUAACAGCCCUUCAACUCUCAGAUCAUGUGGAGAAACCACUCCUGGGGGUAUCCUGGCACGUUUGUUGAAUCCAGAAAUAGAGGAUGAUGGAGUUACUAUGGUUACUUCAGACCUUCUAUGGCAUCUGACCUGGGGACAGACACUGGAGAAUCAGCUGCACCCAUGAUUCUGGCACUGCAUUUCCAGAGCUGCCACCUGCUUCUUUUGGGCCGUGUCUCAUGUCCUUGCUCUCAGGUGUUUGUAUGUGGAGGUUCAGGAGCAUCUGCUGCCGUGUAGCAAACAAGGGGUCACAGUGAAGGAUUGUCAGCACGUGUUUGUAUUCUCUUCUGAAUGCUGAAUCAUGGUCACACAGGAGGACGAGGCCGCCCCAGCCCGCCUGAUGGUCUCAUGUUGACUUUUCUCCCCGCCCUUUUGAAGCUGGUGGGUGCAGGGAGUCCGUUUUAGGGGUUUGCUGGCAGCUGGAACAUCUGUAAUGCCUGACUGGUUUGUCUGUCAUGCAAACCAGCAUGGACCCACGUUUUAGGAAUUCCAGUCGUUUAUUGCAUCACUUCCAAGUCCACACUUUUUGCACCAGGGUCACAGAUACAAACACAGCAGCUGUUGCAGCUAAAGAAAACCCCAAAGUGGGAAGAGCAGCAGGUUCUGCAGCUCAGGUGUAACAGAGAGCACCUGGCACAGGUGAGGCUGGAGGAGCAGGGCUGGCUCUGCAGAGCCUUUGGCAUGGUGGAGCCUGGCACCACAUGUGUGUGCCUGGACCUGGUGUUCAGGGCUUGUUUUGUCUCUUUGCCCAGCAUUUGGAGCACUGGGUACCUUCCUGCCAGAAAUCCAGGUGAAUCUCCAUGUGCAGUUAUAAAUCAACAUCCCUGAGGGAAGAAAACCCCAGCAGUGAAGAGAUUGGGAAGGGUCUGGAACCCAACUCUGCUCAGCCCCUUGUUCUUUGCUGGUGCACUGUGAAAGAGAUGUUUUACCCUUCUGCUGAAGAAUUCUAUCUGGAAUGUGAGAUAACUGAAAACUCCAUUGGGAAACCUGCACAGAGUGUCCUCUUGUUUCCCAGGAGCAGGGGGUGCUGUGGUCCCUUGGAUGCUGCUGUCCAACUUUUGUAUUUCCCUUGCAAUAAAAUGAGGUCCCAGCACAA